AAAUGUCAAAACACAUUUAAAAACACGUUCCAUUUCGUUUUCCCAUUAUCAAAGUAACAUCCUAGAGUUCUUGGUCCUCAUGCCCGUAUUUCCUAACCUGCUCUAUUCCAGAUUGUCACUCGUUCAUUUCAUCAGAUCAUAUGCAACAGUAGAUAGAACCAACUUGUACAAGCUACUGGCGAAAAUGCCCAAAGAACCGAAACACAUCGCUGAAGCGCAGAAACAGAGGAACAAAAUAAAAGAAAAAUACGCCAAAUAUGUGCCAGGGAAAGUUACACUUCAAGUCUUGGGCACAGGGGCCAAAGGGGCACCCAGAGCUCUCUACAUGUUCUCAGAUCAGUCCAGGUAUUUAUUUAAUUGUGGGGAAGGCACACAAAGACUGGCACAUGAACAUAAAAUGAAACUUGCCAAGUUGGAGCAUAUUUUUAUCACACAACCAGUUUGGAAAAAUAUUGGUGGCUUGCCUGGUACUGCGCUGACUAUUCAAGAUGUUGGAGUGCCAGAAAUUACUUUACAUGGACCAAGAGGAUUGGAAGAGAUUUUCUUUGCCACAAAGAGAUUUGUAGUGAUUAGAGAUUUAAAAAUUAAAAUGGCUGAUUGUUCAGAACAUACAGUUUUUGAAGAUAAUGUGAUGAAAGUAACUUAUGUGCCUCUAAUUAGAUCUGAAGAAGUUUUACCAGAUAUACAAGAGGAGGAUGAGGAAAACUCCUUUGGUGUCCAAGUGGGCACAUCUGAAACUUGUGAUGCAAAUACGUCAACGAGAUGCGAGAAGAAAAGAAGGCGCUCAAGAAGCAAAAAUAGAGAAGAAACAGAAGUCGACGACACGGAUUAUUACGCACACGAACGUAAGAGAACUAGAAAAAGAAGUCGUAACCGAUCCCGAUCCAGAUCCCCCUCCAUUGAGAGUGGUUUGAGAACGAUGGGAGGUGGCGGUAUGACGGAAGAAGUGGAGGCGAUACUGGCUGAGACGAAAGAAAAAGGAGUUUCAAUGUGUUAUGUAUGCAGACUUCAGCCCAGGCCAGGUGCUUUGAAUCUGAACGAGUGUGUGAAAAUGGGCGUUCCACCCGGUCCUUUGUUGGGCAAACUGAAAGCAGGGGAAGAUGUCGUCUUGCCUAAUGGCAAAACCGUAUCCUCGAAGGAUGUCUGCGAGCCGGACGACCCUGGACCUGUGUUUUUAGUUGUGGAUUGUCCGUCUGUGGAGUAUUUGGAUUCGCUGGUCGGAAAUCCUGUUAUGUUGAAUCACCAGAAACAGGCAAAGAGAGAUGAGGAUUUAGCUUAUUUGGUUGUCCAUUUUACCCCUAAAAAUGUGAUGGACCAUCCUAGAUACAAAGCUUGGAUAGAUGAUUUUUCACCAAGCACAAGUCAUUUAGUGUUAAAUGAGAGUAACAAUUGUAUGGGAAGUUUGUCAGUGCACAGGAUACAACAUAAACUUAAUUUACUCUCUGAAGACCUAUUUCCACUUCUCGGAGAUGAUGGUACCGAAAUUGUGGAUACAGGAACAAACGUUCAUCAAAAUAAAAAGUUAAAAAGCAACGACUGUGAGAGGGAUGCAAUGGAAAAGUUGUCCGUUAAAUCAAGACCUAACACACCAUCUGAACCAUACAUUUUUGCAAAUACAUUCUACAAUUUUCAUUUGAGACCUAAAAAAGGUUUGGACAGUUCGGCUGAAUUAAAAAUAAUACCGUCAGAUUAUAUUGAAGAAACGAUGAGUUUAGAAAAUUUCCCUGAAACGUUACAAGAAUUAAAACAGAAAUGGAGCACGGCGAAAAAGGAGCUUGCGCAAACGGUCAACGUCCGGCCCUACCCGAGAAUCUUGUUCCUGGGCACCGGGUCGUGCAUCCCAAACAAAACGCGCAACACCAGCGGCAUCCUGCUUGAAACCGACGUUGGAAACGGUAUGCUUUUGGAUUGUGGCGAAGGAACUUACGGACAAAUAGUUAGAUUUUACGGAAAGAACAAGUCGGAUGAAAUUCUGGCCAAUAUAAAUGCGAUUUACGUAUCGCAUUUGCACGCUGAUCACCAUAUCGGACUGUUAGGGGUGUUACAAGGUCGACGCAGGGCGUUAAAUAACUUAAACAGGGAAAAAGGUCCGUUGCUCCUUUUGGCACCGAGACAAAUAUUAGCCUGGUUGCAGUUCUACGACCGAUAUUUUGAGAACAUCCGAAAUGAGUUCCAGUUAAUUCCUAACGGAGAUAUGAUAUACACACAAAAAAACACAGCGAGUUUUCUACAUUCAAAAGUGUUGGACGAAUUGAAUAUGGAUGACAUAAGUACUUGUCUAGUAAGACAUUGUCCGAACGCAUUUGGUAUUUCAUUAACACAUAAAAAUGGUUAUAAAAUUACCUACUCAGGUGAUACAAUGCCCAGUGAUAGUCUAAUUGAGUUGGGUAAAAAUUCCGACUUAUUAAUUCACGAAGCCACGAUGGAAGAUGAGCUAGCGCAGGAAGCUUUAGUAAAGCUCCACUCCACAACGUCGCAAGCGAUAGAAGUAGGCAAAAAAAUGAACGCAAAACACAUUCUGUUAACACAUUUCAGUCAAAGGUACGCUAAGUUGCCCCGCUUUAACGACAACUUUGCAGAAAAUGUGGGCAUUGCGUUCGAUAAUAUGCAUAUUAAAAUGGACGAAUUGCCGUUAGUGCCUGUGUUGUAUCCUGCCUUGAAACUAAUGUUUGCUGAACAUUACGAAGAACUGGAGCAUAAAGCUGUGAAAAGACAAUUAAGGAUGGAGAGAGAAAGAGAGGCGUCUCUGGAAAGGAAAAAGACAAAUGUACAGAAUCUUGGUGGUUGAAUAAAUUUUAUUCAUUAA